UUUAUUUCAAACUUCAAACCUCUCUCUCUCUCUCUCUCUCUAGCUUCUCUUAUUUCUAAGACUUUCUCUAUCUUUCUCUUUCUAGCUUAAUAGCUUUGCUGGUGGAUUAUUUUACCGCCCAGUCCUUGUCCUUCAAAAAGUGGCAAAAGCUGCCCCCAUUGAUAAACCCCACCCACACUCUUCUUCUACCUAUAACAUUUCUCAUUCUUCUCUCUUUUUCUCCAAACUGGGUUUCUCAUGGAGUUCUUCAAUUGAUGCCACUCAGAUCCCACAAGAGAAUUACCUAACUGAACGAUACAUUGUUCUUGUACAAAGAUAUCAAGAUCAGAAGCUUCAAACAAGGACUUGCUUUUCUCUCUUCUUCACUCAAUAGUCUUUGAGCAAAAAUGCCAAGAUCAAGGGGGACAGAUAUACCUCAAAGGCAGUCUCCUCGAGGCCCAAAUCCACUCAGGACAUCAAGUUCAGAUUCAGAUUCACUGCAUCAUCGACCAAUUACUGACCGGAGUCCUAAACUAGGGGAUCGUAGGUCCCCAAGAGGUGCCCAAUCUGAUCCUGUAAGCCAGAAGAAACUUGGUACCCGCAUUGCAGAUUUAGAAUCUCAACUUGGGCAAGCACAAGAAGAGCUAAGGAUUUUGAAAGACCAAUUAGCUUCAGCUGAGGCUGCAAAGAAAGAAGCACAGGAAGAAUUAGAGAAGAAAUCUUUGAAGCCGGUUGUUCCAGAACCAGUGGAAAUCCAAGGAAAGGAUCCUCCAACAGAAAUUCAAGAAUGUAACAAAAGUGACAGCAGCCCUCUGGAUAAAGGUCUGGAUGAGAACCUGCAGGGAACUGAUGUUUUUGAAGUUCCAGUGGAGAAAGUUACAGUUGAUGAGCCCAAGAUUGAACACAGUCAGCUGACUGAUCAAGUUGAAAAGGAAACCAAAACAAUUGACUUAUCAACUGAAGCUCCACCAGCAAAUCCUGAGGUGGAGAAACAAUCCUGCCAUGACUUGGCUCUGAAGGACGACGAGAUAAAUAUGCUAAACGCCAAGUUAGAAGAGAAGGAAAAGGAACUGGAGGUCUUCACACAAGAAAAUGAGAAGCUGAGAAAUGAGCUGACUGAAGCUGCUUUAAAAGUAUCAUCAACUCAAACCAAAGAAGAAGAAACAGCCUUGAGGUUGAGCCAACUGGGAGAAGAGCUGAAAACAAGUAAAGCAACUGCAGCUCAGCAGAAUGAGAAGCUGAAAGCUGUGGAAGAAGCAAAGGAGGCAUUGGAGGCAGAGAUGAAGAAGCUGAGAGUACAGACAGAGCAGUGGAGAAAAGCUGCAGAUGCUGCAGCAGCAGUGCUUGCUGGGGGUGUGGAGAUGAAUGGAAGGAUCUCUGAGAGGUGUGUAUCCAUGGAUAAGCAUUUUGGCGGCGUGUUUGAGCCACCAACUGGUGGAUACACUAGCUUUGUGGGAUCACCUGGGAUGGAUGAUGAUUUAGAUGGUUUCGGAAGUGGAAAGCGGAAAGGUUCUGGGAUUAGAAUGUUUGGAGACUUGUGGAAAAAGAAAGGCCAGAAAUGAGACCCUUUCUGCCUAAAGUGACAUUGGAACAUGGAACCUGCUUCACUCUUAUUAUGUAUGUAUGUAUGAUGGAGCGAAAUGGUUGCUUACCGUUUCGCAGUUGAAAUGUUUUUUUAUUCCAUAAUUUUCUCCGCCUUGUUCCUAGUUUGGUGCUUGUAUAUUCAAACAUUUAACGGAUGUAUGCUGAACAUCAUAUUAUGGACUAGGUUUUGGGAAUCCCUUUCUUUCUAUCA